GUGCAGUCGACUUCGAGAAGUGGAGACAGGAUCUUAAGCCGCAGACUCAUUAACAUUGAGACACAUGUAGCAACGCUUCUGGCCUCCCAGACGCAGUAAUACUAAGUAGCACUUUCUCGAACAGCCCCUCAACUAUGUCGGACCCUCUGCUUGAAGCGCCUACCCAGACCAAUCCAUCACAUACUCUCGCACUGUCGCAGAAAGCCAGACCGUACCUCGACUCCAGACCAUGGUACUUCACCACCCUUCCAUACCCACUGAGCCUCUUCCUCGCCCCUGAAUCGCAAGAAAGAUGGGCCGCCUCCCAAAACCUCUUCCUCGCAUCUCUGAUCGCCGACGACCUGCCCGUCGCAUACGCCUACCUUGAGGACAUCACGGAGCGCUUCGGCAAGCUCAAUGAGCGCGUUAUGGCGCUGCAGGGUCUGUACCAGGAGGCUUCGGCAAAAGACACGAAAGCGCUAGAGGACGUGGUGAAGAACUACGAUGAGCUACUGAAGACCGACCCGACGCUCAUGGCAAUCCGGAAGCGCAGAGUCGCGGUGCUGAAGGGCGUAGGUCGCAUUGCGGACGCAGUAGGCGAUCUGGUGCUCAUGCUGGACGCCAGUCCUACUGAUGCGGAGGCUUGGGCGGAGCUGGCAGAUUGCUACGUCAGUCAAGGUGCAUAUGAGCAGGCAGUCUGGUGUCUCGAGGAAGUCUUACUGGUGAUGCCCAAUGCGUGGAACAUGCAUGCACGGCUGGCAGAAGUGCAGUACAUCCAGUCGCAGAAAAUGUCCGAAGGAAGUGGAGAGCAGCUCAAGACGCUUUCAGAGAGCAUGCGACGGUUCUGCAGAAGCAUAGAGCUAUGCGACGACUAUUUGCGAGGCUACUAUGGCCUGAAGAUCACCACCGCGCGACUACUGGCUAUACUGGAGAAGGUGAAGAAGCCGCCGACAGCUUCUUCAGAUCUUGUGGCCGGAGAUCUAGCACCACCGAAAGUAGCUACCGUGUAUAAGUUGAAUGAGCUGGCGACUGCGAAGCUGGCGGAGAUCGUAAGGAGAAGUUCCGCGGAAGAGAAAGGAUGGGAUGGGUACAGUGGGGCUGAGCUCAAGGCUGCGAAAGCGAUGAUAGAGAAAGAUACCCAGAAGAUAGAACGAUAAUAACACGUGCAUUGGCUGUCGUCAGUUGGUAUCUAGUAGCCCUUGUCCUC